UAUAGUCAAACCUGAUGCAAGUCUAACAUUUAUUCCAAAGACCACGGCAGGAUCUGAACUAAGAGAAUAAGAAAACCAUUAUUAAUAAUAAUAAUAAUGUAUCAAAAAUGAGCGGUCAAUAAGGAGAAACAAUCACUUUGCUGUUGCUGUCACGGUGGAGAUGGUCGCCUUAUUACUUAAAAUUUGAAAUAUAAAUAUUCAGCUAAAUCUGGUGAAUAUUUAGACGCUUUGGUUAUUUACAUUUCCGUUAUGACAUAGAUUUUGAUGGCAGUUAUAAUCGGUUAAAGUAUUUAACACGUACAUUAGUCGUCAAACAACGAAAGACUGGAAUGUUGAUGGUGACCUCCAGAUGAUUUGCAUCAAGAAUGAGGGAGGAAAAAAUACCUAAGUACAACUAAUUUGUCAGUGAACUACACAUUUUGAUAAGAUCGUAUUUCGCGUGACUAAGAGGGUACUGACAUUUCGAGCUAAACAUUUAAGUAAAACAAAAAUAAUUUUACAAUCUGUCAUAUUCCUACUUCAGUCGAACAGCAUUUUUUCUGAUAUAACAUCUAUUGUUCAUAAUUACUGACACUUCAAGUAACACACACAUCAAGAAAGAAAGCGGACAGAAAAUUCAUAGCCUGAUCGACAAUUAGAUUAUUACAAUUAAAACAAUGCGAAACCAGUUUUUUCCAUUUCUUUGGGUUUUAUUGAUGAUACACGGUCCAUUUCCAUGUUGCACCACGCCAGACCCACAAUGCAAUUUUUCAGGGAGUCAAAACAUCCGAUUUGCCACUUACUACAGUAACAACAUGGUGUUACAAAGAUCCCCACAGCGAGCAAUCGUUUGGGGAUAUUCAACACACAGCAACACCAACCUCACCAUUAAAAUAGAUGAUGUCAUCGUACUGAAGACGAUUAGUUAUUUUCAUCCGGUUAUCAAUGCUAGUAUAUGGACCGUGAAAUUACCGGCAAAGGAAGCUGGUGGACCACACGUUAUCACUGUCCAGUCGUCUCUGUCCACUAUCAAACUGGUUAAUGUUUUGUUUGGAGAUGUAUGGAUAUGUUCCGGUCAAAGUAACAUGCAGUUUACGACAAUGAUGGCUUUCAAUGGUAGCAACGAGGCUAAAGGUUCCAUACAUUAUCCACACAUUCGAGUAUUUACUACAGCAUAUAUGGCCGCUAAUCAACCGGAAUACGACGUCAAAUGUGCUCUGGAACAAUGGUCGGUCGCAUCACCUGAAGCAAUAGCGUCGUCAAAUUGGAUGUAUUUCUCGGCCAUCUGUUGGAUGUAUGGCCGACGUCUCUACGAAGAACACAGAAUUCCAAUAGGUUUAGUGAGUUCUACAUAUGGUGGCACUCCAAUUGAGGGGUGGUCCUCACCUGAUGUUUUGAAGAAAUGUCCAGAAACCAAAAUCUCGUUUACAAAGUCUUCAUUCUGGAAUGCUAUGAUUCAUCCAUUAUUAAAUAUGACAAUCCAUGGAAUUAUCUGGUACCAAGGUGAAUCGAACGCUCAGCAUCCCAAACAAUAUUCGUGCUUGUUUCCAGCAAUGGUUGCCGAUUGGCGGCAAAAAUUUAAUGAAGGUUCAUACAAUCAGACAUCUUCUACAUUCCCAUUCGGAUUCGUGCAGCUUGCUCCCUAUCAUAACCUCGGGUUCCCUGCCCUUCGUUGGGCGCAGACAGCUAGUAAAGGUUAUGUACCAAAUGAAAAACUCCCCAAUGUUUUUAUGGCUGUAGCUAUGGACUUACCAGAUCCGACUUCUCCGUACGGAUCAGUCCACCCGAGGUACAAAGAAGACAUUGCAGACAGAUUAAUCAAAGGAUUGAAAUCUUUAGAUUAUAACACCAUAAAUAAUGCUUACCAAGGACCGUUUCCUCAGACAUUUCAGAUGAGAAACGGUGAGAUAGAGAUACAGUACAACAGAGUGCUAGAUAUCCUUUCGCAUAAAGGAUUCCAGAUUUCCUGUGCUAAACACAACGAAUGUCGAAACAGCAUGUGGUUAAGCAUUGAAUCAUCAACCAACGAGAACCAGACAUCGAUUUUUCUCUCCAGCAACGUGACAUGUUAUGGAGAGCGUGUGUGUGACAUACGUUAUGCCUGGCAAGAGAGUCCCUGUCCACUGAAGAAAUGUCCAAUCUAUAGUCAAGGAACCAAUCUUCCAGCAGCGCCGUUUUGGCACCGAUUUUGAAGAAAUACACUACUUUAUUUUCUUCUUCUUCUUCUUCUUCUUCUUCUUCUUCUUCUUCUU